ACUACUGCCAGGCCUUAAACACGCACUGAGAGAAGUGACCACAAUAACAACUGGAAACAUUACCUGUGAGUUCUGCUCAUAAGACUCACUUUAUUGUUUGUAUCAUUAUGGUUGAAAACAAUAAUUUAACAGUAUUUAAUAUUGUUAUAUUUUGUGUUAUGGAUUUAAGCACUGCAUUAUCUGUUUUAUUUGGAAGCACUUGCUAUAUAACUAUAGUUAUUAAUGUUGUUCUUAUUAAUAUCAGUCGUAUUGAUAAAAUUCUUCUUCUUCUUCUCAGUAGUAGUAUUGGUAGUAUUAUUAUUAUUAGUAGUAGUAGUACUACAGAGGUAGAGUUACCCAGAUCGAUCUAAUCACUGUGAAGGAGUUUAAGUAUCAUCAGGAUCAGAAACAUUUCAGAAUAAAUCAGCCCACAAGUAUUUGUACCCUAAGUGAAGUCCUUCACAUAUUUCAUUUAUUAAACUCUUUAAAUUUCUAACAGCAAAUAUUCAGGGUAAUGCUUGAUUAAAACCUUAACUCACAUUGUCAACAGAACUUAAAUACACAACUAAGUUAUACCUGUCUCUAUGGGCGGUCCUUGUGUGACUGAAGGUGCUUUAGAUGUUGAUAUUCACACUAACUUGAGGGAACCACUGUUGUUGACCUGCUGCUUCUCCCACACUUCACCUCAUGUGAGCUCGUGUCUCUGCAGUCAGAUGAAUUGCACGUGUAGUGACUCCUCCUGACUGAAACGGGUCAAGUGAACCAAGCAGAGCCAGCACAGCAUCGGAAAUACGUCAUAUCUCCCCUCAAAAAUAAAAGCUAGUCGUAGAGAGGGGUUUUAAAUAAUAUUAAUAAUUCUAAAUAUAUUUAUGCUCAGUGAUUUAAGUCACUGCUUCCACAUUUCUUAUACAAAUCUUUUCUUUUUUUUGGUUUUUGAUAUUCUAUCCUAUUUUGUUGAGUUGUGUUUUAUUGUGUUGUAAUUGUGUUGCUGCUGGUGUAUAACCAUCACAAUCAUUAUAUCUACCUGUGCAUGUUCUAUUUCACAUAUAUGCAUCAUAUCAUAUUACAUUGUAUCUGAUCUGUUUACAUUAUAUAUAUUUAUGUUUACGUUGUAUCUUUAUUACUUUUACAAAGUGUUUAUUUUUACUAUCCUCUUCCUCGCUGCUUGAACACAGGAAGUUGUCCCAUAAUUGGACUAAUAAAGUAUUCAUUAUUAUUUUAUUUGUAUGGUUUAACAAGGAUAUGAGAUUUGCAAAUGUAUUUAAACACAUCUAAAUAUAUGAUGGGAAGCUGCAGCACUCUGAAAUGAUGCCAGUUUAGAUUUAUAAGUUUACUAAAGAAAAGGAAAUCUACACACUGUGCACAAAGUGUGUAAAAACCAUUAGGAUUCAGAACAAUCAAUAAAGGUUUCUCUUAUUUUAUAUCGUAUUACUUACUUGGUUGUAGCGGAGGUUCCCCGGGAGUUUAUUUUGAAAGAGAGCAGAAGCAGUGGCUGUGUUUUCCUCUAACUUGAUGUUAUUUCCCUCAGUUUGUCCUCUAUUCAAAUGGAGGAGGAGUCUGGACUCUGCUGCUUCUUGUCUUGAGUGUUGAUGGGAUUUAAACUGAAACAGAAAAUAAAGAGUGACAUGUUGAAGGAGUUCAGUUCACUGCCCGUGUCCCUGCAGCUCUCAGUUUAAAGAUGAUCAUGAAGGGGCAGAAGCGUAAGUUCCCCCCAGAGGACGUGGAGGAGUCCGACCGGAGCAGCCUGACCUGGGAGAGCCAGCGGCAGUUUGUGUUCUCCGUCUCCCUGAGCAAGUACCAGCGAGGCCAGGAGCUGCCGGAGCCCAGCCUGCGGCGGUCGGUGCUGAUCGCCAACACGCUGCGGCAGAUCAGCCUGGAGGCCAGCGGAGCCGCCUCGGUGGAGGCCUCACCAGGCAGCUCUCCAUCUGAGCCCCCGGCAGAAGAGGAGGAGAGUGUUUUCACCGGAGUUCCUUCAGCAAGACACCAACCUGCAGAAGCGGUGAUUAACGGCCACUCAGCACUUUCCACCGGCCCCGUGGUUUCCUCUGGUUACUCAUCAAAUUGUGUUACAAGUAGGUGUCCGGCAAGCUGCCACUCGUAUACAUCAAAUGUUCCCCUGUCUUUAGGAGACGAAGACGAGGACUGGGGGUCGAUGACCACUGAUCCUGAUUUCUCCCUUUCAGCAGCCAUUUCCUCCAUUCUCUCCGCACUGGACUCCACCAUAGACGGGAGCCCUCAGGCAGCUCCGCGGACGCCCCUCCGCUCCCUGGAGAACCUGUCGAGGUCCCCGGAGGGAAGCGCAGCGUGGGUGAAACAGGGAGUCAGGGGUUAUGGGGGGGGCAGCUGGGAGCCGCAGGAGGAGUGCAGGGUGCGGGAUAGCAACGUGGAGGUGAUGUGGUCCAGCUACCUCAGCGAUCUCACCGUGGAAGAUCUGUUCCAGGACAUAGACACAUCCCUGCUGGAGAGAGACAUGGGAGUGCUCGGGCUCAGAGGCAGCGGAGGUGGAUUCCCGGCCGGGGAGGAUCUUCUCCGCUACCUGCCACCGUUCUCUCCCGCCUCGCACCCCUUCUCCCUCUCGCUCAACCAGAAUCUGAAGUGUCUGCCUUCUUUCUCCUCAUUCAGCCCGAUGUCUUCCUCGUCCUCUUCUUCGUCCUCUCUGUCCUCGCCACCGUCUUCUCUCUUCUCCGGCCACAAUCAUGCAAGAGAAGGUCUGGACCUGGAGCACCUGAUGGAGAUCCUGGUGGAGUCCUGAGAGACUCGUCAGCUUCAUCAUACCCUAAACAGGAAGUCACCUGAACACCAUUUAACUAACUAACUGAACAAAAACUGAAUUCUUCAAAUGGACUGUCAAACAUGUCCAAUAUUCUCUUUGCUGUUCAUAUGUGUAUAACUGCUCAAUGAGCGAUGUAUUAGAAGCUGUAGAAAGUAGUAGGAAAGUUAUCGAGAGGUAGAAAUGGUUCAUGUUUAAGACAGAAAAUACAAAAGAAGCUGUGAUGCAUCGGACAGCUCCUGUUGUAAGUGGAAAUUCAAAAUCCUUAACAGGAAGGAUUUGUGUUUCUGCUGAAAUGGAGAUCGAGUGAGGGGGAGAAUCAAGUCAGUGAGUCACUGCAUAAUGAACUGUAGAAAUGCAUUUUAUUACUAAUUCCAUUGUGACUCAGAUAAUUGGAAAUAGUGAAGUUCAGUGUUAUCACGCAGUUUGUGAAGUCCUGGUGUUAAUCCAGGAGACGUGGACUGAAUUCCUUUAGAACCAGAGUGAAACGUGAGCGUGAGAUCGGAGAGGAUGGGACGGUGUGGGAGGAGCCUGGUUGAAAAACCAAAAAAAAAGUUAUUGGUCAAAUCUUCUGUGAAGAAAUUCUUUAACCUCAUAUUUAUCAGUUGGUUGUAACGGAGGGAAUCACGUCAGAUGUGAAGAGAUCAGGUCGGGAUUUUCAAACGGUCGAGUUUCCCAGGAAGACGUGAGCGUUAGUCUCCGUUCAGACCUGGUUUAACAUCGUGAGGGAUCAGAUCUCAGGACACACUCUGGUCCAGUCAGACCUGAACUUAGCGCUGUCAUCUGAUCUCUCAGGGCGGAUUCAGGUUCAGGUCCGAACAGGGACACGGUAGCUUGAAACUUUGAGAGAUUAAGUGGUUCGACCAGGAGAAGAAAUCCGGAAGAGACAGUAUUUUGUGCAGUUAGCGAAGAAGAAGAAAUGAAACUGAAAGUUUUAAUCAUGUUUAAUUCUUGACACUUUUUCUUGAGUAUCACCAGUUAUAUUUUAGUAACCAGAAGUUGAAGGUGCAUUAUAAUUACAUUGCAUUCUGUAUUCGCAGUAAAGAAGAAAGUGGUCCUUCCAUAUUGCUCUUUGGAAAAAAGCCCAACUCUUUAAAAACCUGUUUAAACCAGCUGACAGUCAAAUCCUGUUUCAUGUGAGAAGUGAAACCAGAUUAAGUUUCAUCCCACACGUUUCCUCUCAGAGGAUCUGAGUUCAGCUGAGGAGCCACAGGAACCGUCCUCCUCGUCCUGUCACGGUUCCUCACACACGAGUUUUCAUCUUCCUUUAGAAGAUGCUUUUAUUCAAAGAGCCUUUACAGUGCUGUGCCAAAUAAGCCCCCCCCCCCCACCCUGUAGGUGCCACGUUAUUUAAAGUCACAACCACUACUCAACCACUUCUGUUAUACAGAUGUAGAAGUUUAGUUUACAUCUGAGAUAUUGCACUUUUGUUAAUGAUAUGCAUUUAAAAUCUGGUGCCAUGUGGUUUAUGUUUUACUCUGUAUUUAUUUAAAUGUUACAUUACAGGUAAGAUUUGGCCCGACUGGCCCUCGUCAGACCCGUUAGGUAACGUGUGGUCCUGUUCAGUGUUCUGUGAACUGUAACGUCAUUGGUUCUAGAUGUUGAUCUGUCGUUAUAACCACGUGACGGGGGGGGGGGGGGGCACUGAGGAAGCACAUGAUGUUUGUUAGAUUUCUGAACAGCAGGGACGUCGUCUCAAAACUACUCAGAAUCUGCAUGUUGUUGUUAACAAGAUGAGUAAUUUAAUGUCCCAUGUCUGACCAUUCAAUACUGGUUUAUUAAUAUUCUGUUAUGGCAGUUAUUUUAUUAACCUUUAUUUUCUCUACAUAUAUUUUAAUUUUGUUGUGUUUUCAAAUUGAGGGCAGAAUGCUCAGAUACUAUGUAUUUAGACUUUUUUUAAAGAAGGUAAAUAUUGUACUUGUACUGAUGUUUUUAAUAAAACGUGAAAAUGAAA